AUGGACAGCUACGAUGAUUACCUCCCUUGUUAUAUUAAGAGUGAACGGGACGGCUCAGCAACCACAAUGCUGCUGGGUUUAAGCUCAUCAGAAUGCCCGAGAGAGAUAGGAGAUCAUUCAGGUUUUGUAGCAUCGAAUACUAAAAUAAAACAAAACAGAGAAAGAGACCUAAUAAUGGAGCAAAAGAAAGAUUUUACUAACUUGAACGCAGCAGACCUCCAGCAAGACUCCAAAGGCAAAAAUGAUGAAAAAGAUGAACCCAAGAUCCUAUCGGUGGCUGAUAUUUAUGAGCGGCUAAGUGGUAUUAUGUACAACCACAACAGUACAGCAUUGGAUUUCAGUAGCUGGAAAAUCUGUCAAACCAUCCAUGCAGAAACAGUGAAAUACGGCAUCGCAGACAAAACUCGCCUAAAACCUCGCAGUGUCAGAUGCUCUCUUCCCCCAACACCCCGCACCGUCAACAGUGCUGUCAUAAAACUCAUAACUCGCUCCUCAACCUCACCGUUUAAACUCAGAACGAGUUUGAGUUCGAAGUCGGACACUCAUCGACCCAGAAGUGAGAACUCUCGAUCCGCGAGCUGUAACCCUGGGAAGGAGGAGGUAGGGGCGUGGCAAGAGCCGCCUCCCCCGCAGCCAAUUCACUACAGCUUUAAGUACCUCAAGCAUUCAAGACAGUACUCCGAUCAAUAUAGAGAAAACUACACGUAUGAUAAGAUCCGAGAUAAGCAUCACAGUCGAUCAGGGGUCAUCACCGGUGUUGUGCCACCCAGAGCUAGAGUCAGAUGUGUAACUAAGACUAAAAAGAAUCACGGAAAAUCUGGUCCUUCUUCACCAAUUUCUUUAGCUGUUGAGACGAAUAAAACAUCGGCAAUCAAGUGGCAUAUCAACCACCAGCUACUAGAAACCUGUGACUUAGCGCUCUCCGUCAAUAACCCCUCCCCAACAGAAAUUGCUAUGUUGUCCAGAAUCCCAAGUGUACACCGCUCAUCACCUUCCAUUCCAAGCAAUACUAAUGGAAAGUACGGAGGCAAAGGGACAGACAAACCCUAUCCAUUUCAACUGAACAUCUCAGCUGAUGCACGGACUGUUACUGCUCCAUCAGCCAAGAAGACUGCACGGUCCAUCUUCAGUCACUGAUUACCAACCAACUCCUACAAGUUCACUUUAAAUGGUUCAACCAAGAACAAACACUUCAAUCCUCACAUUGAGAACAGUUUAAGAAGCACUUUGUUAACAUGUAAUCUCUUUGGAACAGUUCAACAAGUUACAAUGUACGCCCU